GACCAGCAACCUUGAGGAACCAUCUCCCCUUCCUUCCUUCUUUUUUUGCACCCCUCUUUUUCUCCUUUUGAUCCCUCUGAUCUAGUUUGCUGCAAGUGAAUACUACCCACACCAAGACUGGCACUACUCUUACGUCCACAACGCCAUCCUGGGGCCCUUCGGGGAGCUGAUGACGGAGGCCGACCUCCUCCGCAUCGAGCGGCAGAUUGAGAACCUGACAGUCAUGCACAAGGUGACGGAGGUGGAGCGAGAGCUGGAGCAGCUGGAGCAGGAGCUCCACCAGCUGCUGCCAGUGUCGGCGGCGCUGAACCGCGAGCACUUCUCCGUCAACCCCAAGCAGGUCCACGGGCAGGCGGAGGACCUGCCCGCCUGGUGCAGCAAGAUCUCCACCUUGCUGAAGAGCAUGGCUAUCCUGCUGGCCACCCUCGGAGGAAAGGAGAUAGACAUUCUGGAUCUGUUCGCUCCAGGGUACACACACAAGGACGCAAAGAGCUUGAUCAAAGCAGGGCAGGGCGGGUCGGCGGCGGCCUCCGGAAACAUCGGACGGUCACAGUCCUUCUCCACUCGUGAGGAGGUGGAGAAGGAGAUCAGGCAGUGUGGUGUGUCUGUGAAGAAUCUGAAAGCCAACUACGAGGUGCAGAGCCAGUCCAAGUACGAGGACGACAACAGGAACAGAGUGUACAGGCGCAAAAUGUCGCUACCUGUGGUCAGUGAGUCCAGUUUCCAUGCAGAGCCCAUCCUUGAGGAUGAACUGACGCUCUCUCCAGCCGAGAUGCAGUCGAGCAGCAUCAAUAGUCCUCCUGCAUCAGAUUUGGAGGCAAACCCUCGUUUCGUAGAUGAACCUCUCAUCAUACCAACCUACGUGCCUCCCACAUAUACAAAUUCAAGUGGCACAACCCAGGGGGACACGCAACAUGUAAAUGGCAUCCAUAACUCAGGAGACCCAGUACUGAACUCGGAUCAGUCAACACGGAGCCUAGAGGUGCAAACAGACCUGAGCUAUGUGCAAGAGUGUAUUGAAAUGCGCAAAGAACGCAUUGUCUUCCUCUUUUUGGAGCACUGGAGGAAAUACACCAUAUCAGAAUCCUACAGGCCCAAGUGCAGGUCCAACCAUCUUGGAGUGGGGCAAGAGUACCAGCGCUACGACCGCAACCUGCCAGAGAUGGAUGGUAGCCUGCAGAGUGAGGAUGAUAAGCUGCUGUACUUUAUGAAGCAGAGGCAGGUGGUGGGCAACCUCCUGGGCCACUGGAGAACCAUCAUGAGUCAGGUGCCCACGCGCCAGAUCCGCAGGCUCAGCCGAGCGCAGAUGAUCUACUGGCCCGAGCACUUCCUCCCCUUCAUCAACGGGGCGCCCGUCGACUACGACAGCCUGACCCUCGACCUUUUUAUGCUUGGCUACUUCCAGCUGCUGGAGAUGAACAUGUCUCGCAGCGAGAGGAAGUUCCGGCACCUGCUGUGCUACGAGAUGUUCGACCGGCUUGGCAGUCACAGCUGGGAGCAGAUCCGAUGGUUCCACCGUGAUGUCAUGGAGAACAUUGAGCGAGGGCGGCGGAGUUGGUCCGACAGCUUUGAGGACAUCAAAGUAAAGCAUUUUGGAGAUUCCCCUGAUGGCGGAGGGUUGCUGAGUGGCUCGGAGAUUGUCCUUCCACCUGAGUUACUGAAAGAGUGGCAGGAGCAAACUCCCACACCGGAACCUCCCCCUGCGCCACCCCAGGAAGUUGUGCAAAGCAAUGAAGUGGCCUCAGUGAAAGACACCCCAAAGCAUGACAGUCCAAACCCACCACCUCCGCCCCUCCCCCCUCCUCCAGACUCUCAGAGCACUGUGCAGGAACCCAUGAAGGACUCUGAACCUGUGCCGGACAGCAAGGCGUCAGAUAACACAACGCAGGUGCAGGUUAUGGUGGAGAAAGCUACAGGUGAACCUGUACAAACGCCUCUUGAAGAGCCUAACGAAGACUCCAUCCAGCUCAUCUAUGAGCUAAAAGAGUUUAGUAAUGAGGAGAUCAUCAGAUACAUUGAUCGCAGCUUUGCCUUUUGGAAGGAGAAAGAGGCAGAACUCUUUGAUAUCUAGCUUCAAAAAAAAAACUGAGGGAGAGGGAAAAAGCUACUGUUACGGGUGGCUCAUGUUAUCUAGGCUGCCCCUUGAAGUCGGUUCAAGAAGGGAGUCAGUGUCUGUUCUGGCGAGUGCCUUAAACACAGAUCGAAUGAUCGGGUGAUCAGGUGAACAGUAUGACCAAGAAGGGCUACUAUAAUAGAAGUUCUUUAUUUUAGCCAGGUGGAGGAAGUGUUUGAACAGCAGGCUACAUAUAUGAUGCAUGUUCAUCAAUUAUGAGGUAUAGUUAGUAGUAAGUAUAACAACUAUACAGUUGUUAUACUUUAGAGUAUUAAACAAUGCUAAUUGGAUACUUCCUCAGAAAAGCUGCUUCUCAGAUCUGGUUUGAUGGUAACUUUGAUCACAUAUAAUAUUUCGAUACUGAUCAUUUUGAGUAAAUUAACCCUGGGGUGAGCAAAAGGAAGUACUUGCCUUCAUUAAAGAGCAACAGCUGUUUUAUUGUCAUUGUUCAUUAGGCACGAACGUGAAUGAAAAAUUAUACCCUGAGAUAUUACCUUAAAAAAAUCACAAUACGUUACAAAAAUAUAUUAUAUAAAGAAAACAAGUAUUAUUCUAUUCCUUGAGUGAUGCCAUCAUCAGAUACACUAGGAAUUACUCCUAAAACCAAUUUGUUUUGAGGUAUCUUUAACCUAUUCACAAAGUCUCAUGGACCGGAUGGCAUAUAUGCCUUUACAACAUUGUGUCAAGUGUACUUUAGAGAGUUAUAUCACGGCACAAUGAUGCCAUGGCUGAGGUAUGCAUGCAGCAGGCUACAAGGCGGACAUUUGUUCAAGAGUUUGUAAGACUUUGAUUGAUUGAUUGUGUGAUUGAUGGAGAUAAAGGGUUUAAGUGUGUUCAUGUUGAUGAGAUCAUGUACUGUAUUUCAGCGUCAUGUAUUUUUAAAGGAAGCACCUCAAUUUGAGCUGUUUUGAGUACUGAUUCAUUUUCCAGGAAAUAGUGCAUCUGCUCUGGAGAUCACAUUUGAACCCUUUAGAAUGUAGAUCAGUGUGGAUCUCAGCACAGAAUGAUUUUAUUCUCACUUUUACGUUUGGUUGGACUAGGGUUUAACGUCGUGUAAAUAUUUUUGAA